ACAGCAGGUCGGAAUCAACAUGAUUAUUUGAAGAGUUGGCCUUGACCUGGUGUUUCGGUGUGAUAGGCGACUAUUGAGCUUCUGUAUAUAUAAAUAUAUAUAAAGUAUAUAUCAACGUUCUCUGUAACAGAUGCUAUCAAGCUUUUACAGGGCUGCAUUUACUCACAAACACGUCACGAUUUCUAGUAUAGUCAUAGUGUUCGUACAAGUGAAGAGAUAUUAAAAAUGUGUUAGAAUCAUUGACCGACAUUUCAGAAAGGCAAGAGAAAAGAUGGCGUCCACAGCAAAUAAUAUUAAAGGGGAGAGGAGAAAAAAUUCAAUUAAUAACAGGCUACUAUAUACUGUGAACGAAUCACCUCCAUGGCAAAUUACUAUUAUUCUGGGAUUCCAGGCCUUUCUCACAGCAAGAAGCAAAUAAACAAAUAUAACUGUCUGUUUCAGGCCUUUCUCACAUGCCUGGGCAGCACGUUUGGUUACCCGAUUUUGAUCUCAUCUGUUCUGUGUUUACAUAAUGAUAAACUCGGUCUUGCUCAGUUAAUGGGAACAAGUUUUUUCGUAGCGGGUAUAGCAACACUUUUACAGACAUCCAUCGGAGUUCGACUACCGAUUCUUCAGAGUUCAAGUUUUGCUUAUGUAGCUCCAAUCAUCUCAAUGUUGUCGCUGGAUAAAUGGAAAUGUAUUUACUCAGACAAAUCUUUUAACCAAACCUUGCUUCCAGAGGUAGGUAGCGAUGAACACAGAGAAAUGUGGAUACCCAGGAUCAGAGAGAUAAAUGGGGCCAUAAUGGUGGCGUCUUUAUUACAAAUAGUUGUAGGAUUUAGUGGUGUAUUAGGGAUAAUGAUGAGAUUUAUUGGACCGCUGACAAUUGCUCCAACCAUCACCAUGGUAUCUUUAGCCUUGUUUGAUAUCGCCUAUACGAAAAGUGAACUUCAAUGGUGGAUAACAGUAAUGACUGUUGUUUUGAUCACUAUAUUUUCUCAGUACUUGAGGAAUAUCAAGAUUCCAUGCUUUACAUUACGACGAUCACCCGGAUGUAGACGAAUAGAUUUACCGAUAUUUAAUCUAUUUCCAAUUAUAAUUGCCAUUGGUAUAUCCUGGAUAAUCUGUAUUAUACUGACGGCUACUAAUGUUUUCUCGAAUGAACCAGAGGGCUGGGGUUAUGGUGCAAGAACCGAUAUUACAUCAGAUGUUAUAGUAAAAGCCGAUUGGUUCCGAUUUCCAUAUCCAGGUCAAUGGGGAACUCCAACAGUAUCAGUAUCAGGAGUUAUCGGUAUGAUGGCAGGGGUGUUUGUUUCUAUCAUUGAAUCUAUAGGAGAUUAUUACGCAUGUGCCAGAUUAUCAGAAGCACCACCUCCGCCUGCAAGUGCUGUUAGUAGAGGAAUUGGAAUGGAAGGGAUUAGCUGUCUAUUGGCAGGUGCAAUUGGUUCACCAGGUGGGGUGACGUCAUACUGUGAAAAUAUUGGUGCCAUCGGUAUAACUAAGGUUGGUAGUAGAGUUGUAUUACAAGCUGGCGGUGUAAUACUUAUAAUACUUGGAUGUUUUACUAAAUUUAGUGCUGUUUUAGUAAGUCUACCUGAUCCUGUCAUUGGUGGAUUGUUUAUUGUUAUGUUUGGUAUGGUGGUCUCUGUUGGAAUAUCUAACCUACAGUUUGUCGAUUUAAACUCCUCUAGAAAUCUCUUUAUAUUCGGGGUAUCUGUAUUUUGUGGUCUCUGUAUUCCAAAAUGGCUGACACUUCCCAGGAACAGUGGAGUGAUUAAAACAGGUAGUGGAGGUGUUGAUCAAGUUAUUACAGUAUUAUUAAGUACCAGUAUGUUUAUGGCCGGUUUAAUUGCUUUUGUUCUCGAUAAUACUGUUCCAGGAACGCUAGAGGAGAGGGGUAUUAUUAAAUGGCGAGAAAGCAAGAAGGAAGAAGAUGACAACAACAGUCCUUUAACUGAUUUAACGGUUUAUAAUCUUCCUUUCAUUCAAAAAUUCUUGGACAGACAGAAAUGGGCGCGUUACGUUCCCUUUUUACCUAACUUUGAUAGACACAUGGCGACAUCUGAAGAGGAAGAGCAAGAACAAAUACCUACAGAUUCACAGAAAGAAGAAAGUGUGUGAAUUGUUAAUUCCAUUUAAUUGACUGGUGCAAUGUAUGAUUGAAAAUGCAUUUUUAUUAAAGUGUAA